CUACCGGCAGUUAAAGCAUUCCAGUGGCACACGCUCGGACAGUACGCCACGAGCCGCGCUAACGAUUGGUUGUAGAAAAUUUCAAGUGCGCAACAAAAACAGCUGUUCUCAAGUGAAUUGUUUACAACGCGCUGUUGGAGUUGAAUUGGCCUGCUUAUAUAAGCAUAUGGAAAACAGUUGAAGAAAAAAUUUAUUUUAAAAAAUUUUAGUGCAAUUGGCUGAAAAUGUUCAAAAAUGUAAAAAACCAAAUUGCAGCCGAUUGGUAAUACGAAACUUGUUUACUUUUGCUUGCUGCGGUCCAUUGCAGCAGUGCAACGCUGCAUUAGCAAGUGCUUCAGUAAAGUAGCUAAUAAAUUAUUUUUAAGCUAUUUGGCAUUUAAGUGGAUUUGAAUGUUUUAUGUGCAAUAACAACAACAACUGAUGUAAUUAAAAAAAACAACAACAACAACAAAAAAGAAGUAUAACAACUAGAAAAAAAUAAAAAAAAUAAAUUUAAGUAAAAUAAACACGACGAAACAAAUAGCAGAAAAAUAUCGAAAAAACGCGAAAAAGAUGUUUAACAACAACAACAACAAUUAAAUUGUUGUGAAUUAAAAUUUUCACCGGCCGCGCAAAGGUGAUCGUUCACCGCAGUUGAACGUUUAGUGUUUUGCUGCAAAGCACUUUAUUAUUGCUGUCAGGCAAAAAAAAAACAACAAAAACAAAAUCAACAACAGUUUAUGGAGCAAUUAAAGUGAAAAUAAACUAUAUAUUAAGUAUACGCCCUGGUUGAGAACAGACACAACUGCUUUUGCGGCGCUACUUGCACAGACAAACAACAAAAUAAAAAUACAAAAACAACAACAGCAACAAAAUAAUAAUAGCAACAACAAAAAUAUAAUAACAACAAAAACAUAAUAACAACAACAGCAAAAUUGCAAUAAACAAUAACUAAAGCAAAUUUACCGAUAUGUCAAACACCAGCGUUUUAUCUUUGAUCUCGCUCGAUCCGGAGACAGCGACGGCCAGCGAUUUCGCCUGGAAUGUCAGCUCAACUGCAGCGCCCAGCGUUGUCGCACAACCAUUGGCGCUCUAUCACAACCGGCGCCGCUUCGUAUUCAGCGGCAUUGUGCUGUUGCUCGGCGUUAUUGGCAAUCUAUUGGCAUUGAUUAUUUUGGCGCGCAAAAAGGCGACAAAAAACAGCAAAUACACGCUCAUGCUGCGCUGCUUAGCGUCAAACAACCUUAUCGGCCUGCUCGGCAUGUUAACAACGAUGCUGCUGAAGAUUUAUGUGCCCAAAGAGGAGUUCAAAGAAUUCGUGCGUUGGGAUUGUACAUUGAAAGUGUUGUGUCGCUUCUUCGGCCUGAGUUCCGGUUGCAUUGCGGCGGUCAUGGCCAUUGAACGUUGGAUGGCAUUGGCCAGACCGUUCAUCUAUCAUAAGCACAUCACAUACGAGCUCGUGCGCAAAACUAUCAAUUCGCUGGUGCUCAUUGCGGUCGUUAUCACGUUUCUACCCUUCAUCGGUUUUGGCGCCUACAUCGAUGAGAGCGAUCCAAAGAAUCCGACAUGUUUGCGUUAUCGCGAUGCCGAGGGCUUUUGGAAUAAAACAUAUUCGGUGUUGUUUAUGCUUUUCGGCUCUCUUCUGUGCGUCGUAAUUGUGGCUUGUAACUUGUUCGUGACGCGGGUGCUCUGCUUCAUCGGUCGCACACGCACCACCAAGCGACACAUGCACUACGACAUGGUGAAUCGUGAGAAGGGCAGCAUGAGUCGCAUCGAGGGUGAACCGAGUAGCGGCUCCUCGCUGUAUCAUCACAGCAAUAGUGUGACGAUGACAGCAGACGCAUCGCCGGAUGAGAUUAAAUUCGCCAAACUGAUGGCAUAUCUGAGCAUCUCCUUCGUCAUCUGUUGGAUGCCGCAAAUGAUUGCCAUACCGAUGGCCAUACUACCGAAUCGUGUGCCGAAGGCGCAUCCCUUCUUCAUUUUGGCCGAUGUGCUGAUGGCGUUGCACUUCACCUCGGACCCGUACAUUUAUGUGCUCAGCCGAACGAAGCACUCCUACAUUCUGGGCUGCUUCAAGCGCUGUCGCUGCGAACUGCGACGCUCGCAGAGUGAUCAGAGUCGGCUGCGCACAACCAUCGAACAGAAUACAUCGGACUGUGGACUGAACUGAGAUUCG